GAAGCUGUGGCUUCGGCGCCACUUCUGACCCUCGGCUUUGGCUUCCCGCUCGGCUCACCCGGCCCGCGGCGGGCCAUGGAGUUCCGAGCAGCGGAUCCAGAGCAGCCGGCGCACCCCAACCUGCCCAACCCGUGCCUGGCUCCUACCCCUUCUCAGCUGGAGCCCUGGAGACAGCAGCACCCCUGCUGCUGAGCGGCAGCGACAGCAUGAAGGCUCCGGGUCGGCUUCUGAUCAUUACUCUGUGCUCUGUGGGCUUCUCCAUCAUCUACACCCUACUGUGCUGCUGGGCCUGCCUGCCCUUCUGCCUGGCCUCCUGCCUGGACUCCCACCUCGCCACCAACUCCAGGCCCACUGUGCCAGGGCCCCUGCACUUCAGCGGGUACAGCAGCGUGCCAGAUGGGAAGCCCCUCGUCCGAGAAACCUGCCGCAGCUGUGCCGUGGUGUCCAGCUCCGGCCAAAUGCUGGGCUCAGGCCUGGGCGCCCAGAUUGACAGUGCUGAGUGUGUGUUGCGCAUGAACCAGGCACCCACCGUGGGCUUUGAGGCGGACGUGGGCCAGCGCAGCACCCUGCGCGUGAUCUCGCACACGACCGUACCGCUGCUGCUUCGCAACUACUCGCACUAUUUCCAGCAGGCCCACGACACGCUCUACGUGGUGUGGGGUCAGGGGAAGCACAUGGACCGGGCGCUCGGGGGCCGCACCUACCGCACGCUGCUGCAGCUCACCAAGAUGUACCCGGGCUUGCAGGUGUACACAUUCACUGAACGCAUGAUGGCCUACUGUGACCAGGUCUUCCAGGACGAGACCGGCAAGAACCGGAGGCAGUCAGGCUCCUUUCUCAGCACCGGGUGGUUUACCAUGAUCCUUGCCCUAGAGCUGUGUGAAGAGAUCGUGGUCUAUGGAAUGGUCAGCGACAGCUACUGCAGGGAGAAGAGCCACCUCUCAGUGCCUUACCACUACUUCGAAAAGGGCCGUCUGGACGAGUGUCAGAUGUACCUGGCCCACGAGCGGGCGCCCCGCAGUGCCCACCGCUUCAUCACUGAGAAGGCCGUGUUCUCCCGCUGGGCCAAGAAGAGGCCCAUCGUGUUUGCCCAUCCAUCCUGGAGGACCCAGUAGCCCCGUUGCCCAGCCGGCCACAAUGCCUUCGCCAGGCCUCUGUUCUAUUCACACUCCACCAAAAACAUUUAUUAGUAACUUAUGGAUCCUGCCUCUGCCACCUGUCAAGUGGACCUAGCACUCCUUCCUGUCCAACCCUGGGGACACUUGGAGCCAUCUUGGGCCUCUAGACUUGAAGGGGAGGAGGGGAGGCUGUGGUGACCUUUGUGCUCUCCUCCCCACCACCUCUCCCUGAGUAAUCUGAAUCUUCAUUUGGGGGUUCAUCCCACCUCCGGGUCUGUCCAGUGGCCUUUGCCCCCAGGGCUGGUGGUCCCCCACUCACCAGCUUCAUGACCUUCAACCUUGCACUAGCCCUGGUCCUUCCUCUCUACACUCCCCCUCCACCCACCUUUGGUGCCACACUUCCCAGGCUGGUUGCCCUGGUCAGGGCAGCCCAGAGCUUGGGGUUCUUUGGGCGAAGGGGCCUUUGAACUGUGACUGCCAGGGCCACCUCGAGUGUACAGGUAAAUAUAUGUUUUCUGGAA